AUGAAGGUCUCUACCAUCACCAUCCUCGCCACCCUCGGCUUCUCUGGCAUAACUUGCGCUUCCAGCCGCUUCAACACCACCUGCCAUAACUUCGACAUUCACGACCUCGACGGCAAGUCGGGCCGCGCUGUCCGGUUGUACGCAGAGUGCAAGAACUUCAAUGGCGACUACGUGCAGACCAAUCUGGACCUGAACACAUGCUUUGGAUGGGGCCCCGACUGUGAAUUCGCUCCUUAUGACAAGGACUUCUCCCACACUUGCAACCAUUGCGAGAACCCUUGGAAUGGGGAGGACCAGUUUGGCAUGAACUUCGGUUGCGACGGUUACUGCGAGCACAAGAACGAGGAUGGAAAGCAGAUGCACUUUGCAACGAUCAACCUUCAGCAGUACAUCGGCAACAGCAAUGGCAGCCUUUACUGUUUGCCAAACAUGCAACGACUCACGUCUGCGGCGGGAGAACCCAGCGGAAUCGGCGGAAAUGUCGCAGGGUCUACCAUCACCAUUCCGACCGCAAGUCCUGUCCCCUACAACGAGUCCUGCGCGGUGGGCACCUACCUCCUCAACGGCAGCAGCCUUGGUGUUUACUGCAACACCGAUGACUACUCCAACUGGUACUACGACUGGACCUCAAUCGAUCUGGACGUCUGCGUUGGCAACAACGCUGGAACACUGGUUCCUUACCCGUUCGGAAACUUUUCCAACAGCUGUGGCAACUGCAAUGUCACGUGGAGCCACGUCGAGGAGGCCCCACACAGCACAACCUACAUCAUCGGCUACCACUCGUCCGUUGUGACCACCAUCAGCACCCUCUUCACCCCUCGAUGGGACGACCUGUACCUGACCUGCUCGGGCUGCAAUGCUGGCCACAGCACCACCGUCGUGCCCCGUCAGCUUGCCCUCAUCAACAACGACGGCACCAUCGGCUGCUUCAACGCCGAUGGUUCUACCCAGCUGGCAGAGCCCACCGUUGAGCGUGUCGUUGUCCCUCGAACUGCCUUUGCGACGCCCACACAGACCUCAGAUGGACAAGAUGCGGCUGCCACGGCCUAA